AUGGCCAAAGACUUGAAGGACCUGGAAGGCUUCUGCCCCACUCGUCUUCCUCUUGAAUGGGAUCUCUCUGACCACGAGCUCACCGACAAAUUCUUUGCAGAUCAUUACGCCGCUAUCGUGUCGAAUGUGAAGCUUCACGUUGACGACAUGUUCAGGGUCGGUGGCCUUCCGCUCCAAGGGUCCGUCUGGACCAUUUAUACUGAACGCAAGAACCGCGACUUGGAGCAUAUCAUCCGAGCGAUUGCCCGGCCAAACCCCUCAGACCCGAACCCCUGGGAUGAGUUGAUGGUGUGCAACGAGAAGCGCAUGGCAGUGAUGCGGGCGGUCUUCAUGAAGAUCUACUCAGAACAAUUGUUCUCCAUGCAGCUCUUCGGAGCAGACGAUACGCAAAGGCAAACACUCGUGCGCCAGGAUGAAGAGUUUAUUGGGCAUGAAGCAUGGCUCGCUGUCAAUGUGCGAAUGUCCCCCACUAUCCUCAAUUUCGACUGGAAACUCCCGGGCGAACGCUACCUCCCAAACCAGGUCGAGGUCUAUCCGGAAGUGUACACGAAGCACCGAAUCGAGAUGACAGAACGCGAGUCGAGCAAAGGAUCUCGUUAUGGGAUGGCUCACCCGGGAUGUAAGAAUCCCAAACCACCAACGAGAACUGCCAGAGUCAUGAUAUCGGUGGUGCCUCUUGUGCAGAGAAUCAGUCUUGUCGCCAGCAAUAAUAGCGAGGAACCACUUGGUUUCCAAAAGGCAACUCUGAUCGCACCCAGGGUUGUCUAUUAUCACGGGCUCAACAACGACCAAGACGACGCGGCCCAGUUCAAAGAAGGCCCCCCUAGAUACUCAACCAGUAGUUUCUUGGUGCGAGCAGUCUGCGUCUACUCCGGUUUCUGUGUUGUGAUAUUGGUCAUUGGCUCGCUAAUCCGGCUGCCCUACUCCGAGAACCUCAGGAACUUGCUCAAAUGA